AUGUCACCAGCUUCCCAGCCUCGGCGUAUUUUGGUCAUAGUCACCACUAAUGUUUUCGCGCCAAGGUCCCCGACAGCCGGAAACAGCUCCCUGUACCUUAGCUUCCUUAUCGCGAAAAGCCUCAAAAAGCCCCAAGCUGCAUUUGUAAGCCAGAAACGGGGUAUUCCAACUUUGAGUCCAAGGAAAAGAAACAUAAGUGUCAAACUCCAGACCAACGUGGUUUCGCUUGCUUCAUGCCGAUCAGACUCCCACCAAACAUACCUCGAAGCUUCUCUUCUUCAGCCCGACUUCGGUCCUUUCCUUCACCAAAGACCCGGCCUUACACAACAAGGCGCGGCAUUGAGCAUUGCAAGCCCCUUUUACGGCGCCUGCUAUACGACAUCAGCCAUGAAUACCAGCAAAACCCACACAAAUGGAGUGUCAACUUCAAAGCCUGUGCUGUUUUUUGACAUUGAUAACUGCCUCUACCCGAGGAGUUCAAAAGUCCAGGACCACAUGGCACAGCUAAUUGACGAGUACUUCGUAAAGCACCUUUCCCUCCAGUGGGACGAUGCCGUGAAAUUGCACAAGGAGUAUUACACCAACUACGGCCUUGCGAUUGAAGGCCUGGUUCGCCACCAUGAGAUCGACCCUCUAGAAUACAACGCCCAGGUCGACGACGCCCUGCCUCUUGAGGAUAUCCUCAGUCCGAACCCUGAGCUGCGCGAACUGCUCGAAGAUGUCGAUAAGAGCAAGUGUACCAUGUGGCUCCUCACCAACGCCUACGUAAACCACGCUAAGCGCGUGACCAAGCUGCUGGGUAUUGACGAUCUCUUUGAUGGCCUCACUUUCUGCGACUAUGGACAGGCACCGCUUGUCUGCAAGCCUGCCAAGGAGAUGUACUUGAGGGCUAUGCGUGAGGCGGGCGUCGAGAAGAUGGAGGAUUGCUACUUUGUUGACGACUCUUACCUGAACUGCCAAAAGGCCCAGGGCUAUGGGUGGAACGUAGCCCAUCUCGUCGAGGAGGAUCUCCCUGUGCCGAAGACGCCUGCAUCCGCUCAUCAGAUCCGUCACCUCAGGGAGCUGCGAGACACCUUUCCUCAAUUCUUCAAGUCCAAGAACGCUUAG